AUGCAGAGAAGUGAGAGUGACAGUCGCCCUUUCAAGCAGAGGAAAAGUUUAGAAACUCGGAUGCAUGAAGCAACUGAAAUUCGGGAAAAGUUUCCAAACAAGAUUCCGGUGGUGGUGGAGCGUUACUGGAAGGAGAAGGCUCUCCCCCAGUUGGACCGGAUCAAGUUCUUGGUUUCGCAGGAUCUAUCCAUGUCUCAAUUUAUCUUCACUCUGAGAUCCCGUCUAUCCCUCAAUGCCACCCAAGCUUUCUACCUGUUGGUGAACAACAAGAGCAUGCCCUGCCUGAGCUUGACUAUUUUGGAGAUCUACCAUGACAACAAGGAUGAAGAUGGCUUCCUAUAUAUGACCUAUGCUUCUCAAGAGAUGUUCGGCAAGGGUGAUGGUUUCAAAGGCCAAUGA